CGACGGGUAGACUGGCGCAUUUAAUUGACCAAUCAAGAUAGCAAAGAUUUAUCACGAUUAGUUGAUAUAUGCUAUCGAACAGGAUUUCUGAACGCAUCCCUUGGAUACUCCGGAAAAUGUUUGUCUUGGAAAUUGUUUUAUUCAUCCAUUUUCUCAUUAAUUGCUUGAUAUAGGGUGUUUAUAAAAAGGCUCCGAUAUUGGUGAUUGGCUGAAGUCACGAAAGCAUACCAAAGAGCGAUGUUUCAGAACAUUCCCGAACGCAACUCUAAGCAGAAACUGUGCUCCCGCUUUUCCGCUCUCCUGCCAAAAAUAGAUUACGUAUGUGCCGAUUUAGCAAACGUAGAUACGAAUGCCAAAAUGCAUUCGUAAGAUUUCGAGUAGUACCGUAUCGAUUAUCUAUGCGGAACAUACUUUAUACCAUAAGCAAACUGUGCUAAUUGUCUAGUAUGUGAUAACAGUAAACUAAUUACUUAUAAGAUACAGAGAGAAAGCGAGACAAUAUAUAUAUAUAUAUCAAUGACCAGCACCGUCGAAGUUAACGGCACAUCGCAAAAAAUGGCCACUAUGUGGCAUCAACAGGUAUUCGCACUGGAUGCGAAAUAUAAUACUUCACGAGCUAACAAGCUAUCCAGUUUAGGAAUGCUGUACAUCCGUCGCAGGAAUCAGCUGCUCCGCGAGAAACUCUCCGCGGACCCGGAAAUUGGCGCAUUGUAUUUGAAAUUACGAUCGGAAUUGUUGCGCCGUCGUUACGGGGAGCAACAGGAGCGGAACAGCACGGGCAGCCACACGAUUAGCGAGGAAUCGUCGGAGAGGAGAACGAAGCAUCAUACGAUACAACGGAAAUCAACCGCGGAGAAUUUCGCAUUCGCCGGCGUCCAUCAUAUCUUCGAGCAGCACAAGGCAGCCGUGACCAUGCUCAAGUUUGCCAACAACGACAGAUCCAGGCUGUGUUGCGCAUCGCUGGACGGUACCUUGUCUAUAUGCGAGGUUGUCGGUACACCUCCCAGGGUGACCGCUUUGUUGGAAGGUCAUUGUAACGGUGUGACCGCGUUCGACUGGAGUAUCAGCAACGAUCUAAUAGUUUCCUCCUCUUUGGAUACCACGAUUAGACUCUGGAGGGUGUGCGUGGAGCCGAGUUGUUUGCGCGUGGUGAACGACCAGCAACGAGCCGAGGUUCUCUGUUGCAGCUUUAUCCCCGCCAACAACAAUUUAAUAGUGGCCGGCAACUCCCAGGGGCUGAUUCAGGUUCUGAAUGUAUCCACCGGCAUAUACACACGCGGCGGAUCCUGCAAGAUCGGUGGAAAGAUACUCUCUCUGACAUGCGAGGGCAGCGGUGGCUCGGUGAUCUGGGCCGGCAACGACCGAGGUAUCAUAGUUUCUUUCCGACUGGAACCUGGCAUAGGACGGCUAACGAAGCUGCAGAGAGUACAAGAAACCGGUGGUAUGGUAACCAGCCUCUCCUGGCGCUCCUGGUUAUCGAAGGACGCUCCUUGGUCGGCGUUGUUGGUGAGCAGCGCGUGCAAUGCGGUGUUGCUGUAUCGCGUCGCCGACAGUCACGGUUCUCUGUGCUUCUGGAGGAAGUAUCCCAUCAAACAUAGAUAUUAUCCGUUGCGGUCCACCUUCUGUCCGCAAAUGGGAGCGUGUUUAAUAGCUACUGGCUCGGAGGAUGGUGCCGUUCACCUGUUGGAUUCCGCGAGAGAGGGGAAAUCCGCAAAAGUUGACCGACUGCACGGCCACGCGACGUCCACAUUAGCGUUGUCUUUCAAUUAUGACGAAUCUUUACUCGCGUCUGCGGAUCACGAUGGAUUAAUCAUUAUAUGGCGCAAUCAUCAACGUCACUUGUGAGGUAUUGAGUCAAAAUCCCUCCCGUUCUCUUCACAUUUUUUCACGAGCCAACAAGUUGUAAGACAAAUAUCCGAGAUUUUUCCAACUUCGUCGUAUCUAUCGUCGGUAAAGUGCUGCGAUAUUUCUGUAAUCUCUUAAGUUAUCGAUCAUGUAAAAUUCGAGCUUGUUCGACCCAGGCGAUUCUCUUUAACGAAGAAUCGAAGUAGAAUCGUGAUACUACUGGACUUGUGUUUAUUUUCAAGUAGUAUGACUUUUUAUUUUCAAUUUUCGCCAAUACGGUCCAAUUAAGAUGAAAGUAUUAAUGCCUGAACAAGUACCUGAUGUUGUUUUGCUCUUUAACUGCGAAUAAACGUAAUACCUUUUAUCUUAGGUGGAUUUUUAACGUUUGUGCAUGUCAAUAAUUAACAUUUAACCAGGUUUGACACCUGUCGGAAUAAAACAUCGUUAAGAAUUUAAGAAGUUAAGAAGUAGUUGAUAUAACGCGUUAAAAGUAUUAGCAUUACAGUAUUGUAGAAUAAGGAUAAACACGAUUUUGAGCGAAUAAACGGCUUUUUUUUUUUUACAUAUAACAAUAUAUUAAUGUUCUCUAUUUUGUCUUAUAUCAUAGUGAGCACAAAGCAGUAUCAGUAGUAAUAGGUGUGGUAAUAGUGAGAACCAUGAUAGAACUCGUGAUGUAGCAGCGAUUUCUUCGUAUAAUAUUUCUUCGCGCGAUCUUGUGAAAUAAUAGCGGCACAACCACACAGUUUUCGUAUGACGAUAAAGUAGUAGUAAUAAGAGCAACAAUUUGCAUUUCGAUACUGAUUUCAUCGUCCCGGCUUUCGUUCAAAUUUCUUCAUAUAUUCGAUAUAAAUAAUUAAUACAAAGUACAUUGUCGCAAACAAAUAUUCUUGUAAAAAUUUCUUCUCAUACUCGUAAAAACGGCAAUCUUGCGUAUCGUGCGAAUACUUUAGAUCUAUAGAAAUGUUGUUUUCCUUUUAUCAUGUAUGUACUAUAUAUCAGAGUUAUCGACAUAGUUAUUUGUUAUAUUGCACACUUUUCUCAAAUACGGUAUCGGAGGAAGGAAUAUACCGUAGUCACACGCGGAGUUACUUAUUGGUAACUUAAAAGUAAAGUAAUAUCCGAUAAUUGUGUUAUAUACACCAUAGAGAAAAAGACAAGUGUUUACAUGUAACAUAUACGACCACGUGAAACAAAUCACCGUAGUUUCUCGCUUCACAUAUGCAAUACGCAAACCUCCGACUUGGCAGACAAAUCCGAUAUUUAUUACGAUGACUUCUCUUGUUCCCUCCUCUCUUUCUCACAAAUACUUUCUCCGAUAUAAAAACGGACUGAAUAUAUACGAAUACGCAUUGUAAUCUCUCAUCACAGAUCUAGUAAAAGUAAAAAUCUAUACUCGAUACUCAUGUAUACAUCAUGUAGAAAAUUAGUCGUGCAAAUAUUCUUUCGCCACAAGAGUGGGUAUAAGCAGUCAUAUAUCCCAUACUUUGCAAUACUAUACAAUACUUUGAUAAUAGAGAGCAGAUUUGCGUAUAAUGAAUAUUGAGAAUCGCAUGAUAAUAUGAACGUCGUAUAAAGAAGGGAUAACGCGAAAAACAUUCACGCUCAGAGCAUAACGCGCUUCUUAUACAGGAGUCACAAAAAUAAUCGUUCUUCUAUGCAGGCACUACUGCUCAUUUAAUGAUUACGCUACGAAUGGUAUUUUAUAUAUAUAUAUAUAUACAUAUACAGAGUGGAUCAAAAGUCUGGAUAUAGUCGAAUAUCUCGUAAACAAAGCAAUUUUGAAAAAAAUGUUUUAAAUAAAAGUUAUAGGGUUUAAAAAGAUCUAUUUACUGAUCUUAUCAGUUUGGAUGGAGGAGGUUAACUUUAUUUUUUUUAACGGAUAUAGUUUUCUUAAAAACACUAAUCGUUCAUUAUUCACUCUGUAUCCAGACUUUUGAUCCAUCCUGUAUAUAUAGGAUGUCCGAUGCAAGGCGUACCAACACCCUGUAUAUAUAAUUUAUGUAUGUACAUGUGAUCCUUUAGGCUUCCGCGGUGUGGAUAAAUAACUUAUUUUGGCUUCCGAAUGAUCGCCGCGUGCUUCACGGAUUGAUUUUUCCAUUCAAAUUCAUGAAGAACACGGCGAUAAUUCGGAAGCCGAAAUAAAUAUGCAUAUGUAUACAUUAUUUACAUAUAUAUAUGAGCUACGAAUUUUUCAUAACGUAAUAGUUUCGAUGCAGCUUCUACAAAUCGAUUGUCUAGAAUUAAUACUCUUAUCCACAGCUUAUACAGUUCUUUGAUCAUUCCCUAUUCGUUUUUAUCGUGACUACUAAAAUCGUCAUGCGAAUAGUCAAGCUUUAUUAAAUUGUAUAUAUAAUUAUAUAUGUACAUAUAAAGAAUGGGGCAUUUAAAUUGACACACCUUAAUAUAACAAAAGAAAUCGAUUUCUACAAANAA